CUGUCGACCCAUCCUGUGAGUGAAGCAGAUGGGAGUUGGUUCUGUUGAACUUUUCACUUGGGAAAAUGCAUUAAAAAAGAAGCUUUGCUGUAACAUGGCUGAUAGUGACCUUUGCCUGUACUGUAAUGGAUCCCAAUGCAUGAUUUCAUUACCAUGGUGAUGAUCUUAACCAAAACGCUGGAAAACAAAGGUGCUGACUCUGUGACAUGCAGGACUGAGCUGCACACUCCAAAGAUGAGUCAAGGACCUACUCUCUUCUCUUGUGGAAUUAUGGAAAAUGACAGAUGGAGAGAUCUCAGCAGGAAGUAUCCACUUCAAAUUGAGCAACCUAGUACCAUCAUCUGGGACUGUCUGCCUGAUAAAAGUGAAGAUGGCUCAAUAUGGCACAGAGAGGCAGCUAACACUUGUUCAGUGACCAACUUGAUCAAAGACCUCAGUCUUAGUGAUCAUAAUGGCAACCCAUCAGCACCUCCCAGCAAACGCCAGUGUAGGUCACUCUCUUUUUCUGAUGAAAUGUCUAGCUGCAGGACAUCAUGGAGGCCUUUAGGGUCAAAGGUCUGGACUCCUGUAGAAAAGAGACGGUGUUAUAGUGGGGGAAGUGUCCAGCGCUACUCCAAUGGCAUCACCACCAUGCAGCGGAGUUCAAGUUUCAGCCUCCCUUCAAGGUCAAACAUGCUUUCCUCAUCAUAUGACCAGUCUGGAUUUAGCAACAAAUUUGGAUGUCAGCCAUGCCAAGGGCUGAGGAAGUCAACCACCUGUGGGCAGGCAGGUGACAUCUGGGGUUAUGAUCACAAUUCUGUAGAUGGUAACCGGGUGGACAUGCAGAGGUCUCUCUCCUGUUCACAUGAUCAGUUUUCCUCUUCAGAAUAUUGUGCACCCUCAGCAAACAGCACACCUGCCUCAACACCAGAGCUGAUGAGACGCUCCAACGGGCUGUCGCGAAGCCGAUCGCAGCCAUGUGUCCUUAACGAUAAGAAGGUUGGAGUUAAACGACGACGGCCUGAGGAGGUUCAGGAACAAAGACCUUCAUUGGACCUUGCCAAGAUGACUCAGAAUCGUCAAACCUUUAACAGCCUUAGCUGCCUUAGCACCACAGUGGACGACUGCGCUCAGCAGAAUCAGUUCUGCCCUGGUAUCAACAGCCCCAAGUCAUGGACAGCAUCUCCUUCCUCCUCUGAUGUCAUGCCAGGCAGGACACCAGCCUGCACCCCCGUGCCAGAGCCACACUCAAACGCAGAAGAAUGUAGCGUUAGCAAAGACGACCUCUCUUGGGAAGAGUCAGACUAUUGUGCCACGGAAGAUGAGAGCAAUAGAAAAGAAGAUGAAAGGGCUUCAUGGAACAGUAGUGGAACAGGGGGGCGGAAUGUCUUUCCACUAGAUGGUGAAUUAGACAUUGAGCAAAUAGAAAACAAUUAAAGAAUAUUGUUUGCGUCAGGGUUUGGGGAUGUGACUUAAGAACAGUGAGUAGUAAAAUCUCCUAGGUUUAAUACUUGGGUUAUACUGUAUUUAGGCAUAAAAGCAAAUCAAUGUUCUCGUCCUAUCAGCAAUAGGAGACAAAAGCAGCCUUGCCAAAAUUUCAUCAGGUAUCCUGAGCAAUUUUUUUUUUAAAUCUUGAAAUUCUAUGUAACUACUGUAGCCAGAUAUCAGCUCGUUUGGUUAAAAUAGCCCAUGGGGCUUUGGAAAGAAGCAUUCUAGAGAUCUCCAAACUGCAUUUUCCCCCCCUCCACCAUUAAGUCAACAGCUUUUAGUAAACUUGAAAUUGCAGGUGUUGGAAUAGCUGCAAUUUCUUAGUGAAUAUGUGUGUUUAGAUUUUUUUUUUAAGGACUGGAAAAUAAAGUACUGGUUUUGAUUCACAAACUAGGGACUGUCUAGUACAGAGAGCCAGACUGAGAGGGGCUAUGUUAUGCCUCAGUGGGACCCUCAUCAGCCCGGGCUUUCUGGGCAGCAAGCUAUAAGGAAUGUUUCAUUUUAAGUGAUUCCUACCCCUUCUUCUGAUUUCAUACUGCACCUUAGACGCUAGGAGAGGGGAGAUUGCAAGAGGGCGAUGAAUCCUUAGUUUAACCUGUCAUCCUGGAGAUCAUUAUUCAGCUCAAGUCUGAGUGAGGGAUCUUAUAACUGAAACCCUGCAGUCUUACUUAGGCAACACUCCUACAGUCAUAACCACAGAAUCAUCCCAUAUUGCCUUGCCAUAAAGCCUUUUUAGUCCUGCAGGCAUCAACAGAGCCAUGAGAGGGAAAUCACAAGCAUAGUGCUUGACAUUUGAUCAUGAUCACAGCAAAGGAUUUAUAUUUUCAGUUUCCUUAAUUCAACGAAAGCAGAGGGUAGGGAAUGCACAAUAAAAACAACCCCCCUGGGGCCAGAUCAACAGCUGACAUAAGUUACCUUUGACAUCAAUGGCAUUAUGCCUGCUGAGGAUCUGGCCCAUGUCUCAGUGUUUGGGAACUUCAGAUCAGUGUUAGAGCUGUGCCGGGCAUUAGCAUAAGAGCAAAUUCUGCUGUUUCCAAAAGAAGUUGCUAUUAGACAGAGCUGCUUUAGUGUUCUUCCUUUCAAGCCCCUCUUUUAGCCCCAGUGGAAAAAUAGUCCAGCUUUCUAUUGGGCUUGUGAAAGCAGGGCUUUUAGAAGAGGCGGCUCAGUGUUUGGCAGGUAACAUGAGUUCUAAUGGUGACUGUUCUGAUCUCGCUCUCAUACCAGCGUCAAUCUGAGUAUGUCCAUUGUAGUCAGUGGAGCGAAGCCAGUAGAAAACUGGUAUAAGUGAGAUCAGAAUUGGAGACUUAACAAUAAAACAAAACAAACGUCCCAACAGGCUCAGAUUUUCUUAGAUGUCCUUGUCCAGUGUGAUAAGAGCACAUUUAUUAAAGCCUUUGUGCUUGUCGGGCACGUUUGGCAGGCAACAUAGGGUGAAAUUCUGAGCCAGUGGCAAAACUCAGUGGCUUUAAUGGG